AUGGACUUCUUUGCAACAGUGAUCUUGUCAGGGCUAAUCUUAGCUCUGGUGUGGUUAUUUCGAGUCAAAAACAGUAGGAAGUAUCGUUUGCCUCCAGGACCCGUUCCACUUCCUCUCAUAGGAAACCUGCCACAACUGCAAAAAGAUGCACCUUUUAAAAGCUUUCUCAAGUUGAGUGAAACCUACGGUCCUGUGAUGACAUUGUACCUGGGCUGGCAGCGGACGGUUGUUCUGGUGGGAUAUGACGCCGUGAAGGAGGCUCUGGUGGACCAGGCUGAUGACUUCACAGGCAGAGCGCCACUGCCGUUUCUGGUCAAAGUUACCAAGGGCUACGGUUUGGGGAUCAGUAAUGGGGAGCCCUGGCGCCAACUGCGACGUUUCGCACUGACAACGCUGAGAGACUUUGGUAUGGGACGCAAGGGGAUGGAAGAGUGGAUCCAAGAGGAAAGCAAACACUUGAGGGACCGCAUAGACACAUUCAACGGUAAGCCAUUUGACCCUACGUUCUUGUUGAGCCGCACUGUGUCUAAUGUGAUCUGCUGCCUGGUGUUUGGCCAACGCUUCAGUUAUGAAGACAAGAAGUUUCUGCACAUCCUCAACAUUGUAUCUGAGGUUGUAAAGUUCCUUAGCAGCCCUUUGGGUCAGAUGUACAACACUUUUCCCUGGCUCAUGGAGCAUCUGCCUGGCCACCAUCACACAGUUUUUAAAAAGAUUGAGGAGGUGAAAGAGUUUAUCAGCAUGAAGAUCCGAGAGCACAAAGAGACACUGGACCCCAGCUCCCCAAGGGACCUUGUUGACUGCUUUCUCAUCCGAAUCAAUCAGGAAAAGGACAUUCCCACAACUGAGUUCCACCAUGACAACUUGGUCUGUACGGUUUUGAAUCUAUUCAUGGCUGGAACAGAAACCACCAGCAGCACUAUCAGAUAUGGCCUGAGUGUGCUGAUCAAAUACCCCAACAUACAGCAGAAACUACAGCAAGAGAUUGACUCUGUGAUUGGACAAGGCUGUUGUCCCAGAAUGGAGAACAGGAAGUCCCUCCCCUUCACAGACGCAGUCAUUCAUGAGAUGCAGCGCUUUCUGGACAUCGUCCCCUUCAGCCUUCCUCACUACACACUCCAGGACAUCUCUUUCAGGGGUUACACAAUCCCCAAGGAUACUGUGAUCAUUCCCUUGUUGCACUCUGUGCUGAAAGAUGAAAAGCAAUGGGAGACUCCCUGGUCCUUCAACCCCCAGCACUUCCUGGAUCAGAACGACAACUUUAAGAAAAAUCCUGCUUUCCUGCCAUUUUCGGCGGGGAAGAGAGCCUGUGUUGGCGAGUCUCUGGCACGUAUGGAGCUUUUUAUCUUCCUGGCGUCACUGCUGCAGCAUUUCACCUUUUCCUGCACCGAAGGCCCCGACAGCAUAAACCUCAUUCCAGAGUACAGCAGCUUUGCCAAUGUUCCUCGCAGGUACCAGAUCAUUGCCACGCCGCGGUGAGAAGAGGAGCUCCACUCAGACAGUCUAUCAUCGCUUGAAGCACUCUGAGCCACU